AGUGAUGAUUCUGACAUUUGGGAUGACACUGCACUGAUAAAGGCCUACGACAAAGCAGUUGCAUCAUUUAAGGUGCCUCUAUAGUGUUAUUAUAGCAUUCUGUUGACCGUGUUCUUAUUUUCCUCAUAUAGAUUGAUAAUUAGGUUGAGAAACAUGCAUCAGUAUCAUAUCAUUACAGCUACAGUUUGUGUAUUAUAGUAGGCAAACAUGUCUCCUAAAGUAGCAUCUCAGAAAAGUAUCCGUGAAAAUGUUCUGUUAUCCCUCUGACGUCAUGCUACAUUUUGAUACUUUUUUACCCAUUGAUCCUGACUGUCAGACUGCCCUGAAGGGUGAGGAGGACACGCCAAUCUCAAAGAAAGACAACCCUGGAAAGAAACGGAAAACCAACAAAAAGAACCGCAGCAGAAAGAGAAGUAAUGCUCCUUACGAUAAAGAGGUAGGUACUGCCCAAUAAAACUCUGUUAAAUUAAAGGGUCUAACCUAACAGAACAAUUAUUGUGUUGCAGUGGCGAGUCGGCGAGCCCUGCUGUGCCUACUGGUCUGAAGACGGCAAGCUUUACGCUGCCACUAUCUCCUCCAUAGACGAGAAGAGGGGUACCUGUAUAGUUGUGUUCACAGACUAUGGGAACGAGGAGGAGCAGAACCUCCGAGACCUUCUGACUGAGAGCUCCGAGGUAGAGGAGGAAGCCCCCAACAAGGUACAUUUAGGAUGUUUGUGAAGAUGAUCCUAAGUGCAUGAUUGGUUUUGUAAAUACGGAAGAGAAUGGACGGUUAGCCUGGUGGAACUAGCCUGAUCGCUGCAUUCACCAUUCUGUUUUACUGCACGUGAAGUGAAAUAGAAUGGUGAACUCAGCACUCAGGCUAGUGGACACUGGACAGUCAGUUUGCAUUCACAGAUUGGAGAGAAGUGAUUUAGGCAUAGAAGUCAGACCUCAAUUACAUUUGAAUGAAUUUUGUCAGAGAUUUUUUGGAGUGUUCUUAUUUCUCUUUCUGUAAUGCAGGUUAAAGAAGCAGAGUCUUCUACAAAGGAGGGCGAUAGGUCGUCCGCCCCACACCCUCACAGUCACGUGCCAUGCUCUAAACCCAAAUCCAAAUCCCCCAAAGGACCUCCAAUGUGGGGUCCAGGUUUCCCUGGCCUUCCCCCAGGUCCCCCUCCCAUGCCUGGCUUUAGAAUGGUAAGUCGACCCUAAUUGUAGGUUGUCAGUCACUAUUCAUCCAUGCAUUACUUCUUAACAUAUGAAAAGCGCCAACACAUUUGGGUGAACUUUUGCUUUAACUUUCAUUUGGAAGUUGCGUAACAGGCAGAGACGGCAUUUGAAACAUGAAAUCUUGUAUGUGAGGAUGGAAUUAAAUCCUUUAUUUGACAAUGGAGUGUGCAUAUUGAAGCUGUUGUUCUGUCUACAGGGAGACUCUAGACGACAUGGGUCCUCCGGGCCUGCCCCUCCAGGAUGGCCUCCCAUGAUGCCCUCUGGGCCACCGGUAAGAUAGAUUCUAGAGCACAGAAAGAUUUUCUCUGGUAUUUGACAUGUUGCCCGUAGAAAGCAGACUAUUCUCAUAUCAUAUGGCGCUUAUUGAGCAGUGUCGCUGGUACAUUUCUAUCUGCAAUGUUCUGAAAGAUGCACCAGUCUGAACAUGGUUGUUUUGCCUCUGUCAGAUGAUCCCUCCCCCUCCCCCCAUGAGUCCAGAUGGAGAGGAUGAUGAGGCCUUGGGAAGUAUGCUGAUCGCCUGGUACAUGAGUGGAUACCACACCGGAUACUACCUGGUACAGUUACAUGCCAUCCACAUCAUGUCUUGCAUACUGUAGAUGAGAUAGGAAUAGAUUAUUACUGAUGGUUAUGUUGAAUAAUUCACUAUCUAAUACGCAUACCGGCAGCUACAUGGAUACACGUUCUGUUCUUAUUUUGUAUUUCUCGUUUGUUUUUGUUCUACCUUGUUAUUUUUAGUAUUACAUUGUUAUUCAUUACUGCAUUGUUAUUCAUUACUGCAAGAAAGGCAUUUCACUGUACUUGUGCAUGUGACAUUGAAACUUGCCGAAUCUGGGGUGUGGUUACAUGGAUCACGUGAUGAUUGAUCGGACAUACAUUUUUUGUUAAAUACCAGGUGUAAACGGGUUUUUCAAUGCAAAAGGAAGUCUGUGUCUAAGUUGCUUCUUUUCUUUUCACUUAUAGGGGUUAAAACAAGGCCGCAAAGAAGCUUCUGGAAAGAAGGCUCACCACAAGUGAAGAAGGGGACUUCCGUCCUUACCUGGUAAAGAAAUAAUAGUUUGCCAUUUUUAGUCAUGUACUAAACUGAUUUACUUUAGUGUUUUUUUAUUGUGUUGUAGCCAUUACCUGCUAGGAAAGGAUUCCAUUGAAUUCUUCCUUGACUGACUUGCAUGAGCCUCUGAUGAUUCGAUUGCCACUUUGUGGAAAGAAUAUAAUUAUGUUGCCAUUUCAGACAAACCAUCAACUAAUAUCUUCAAAACGUUUGUGUUCAUCCCUGCACAAAAACAAAAAAAACUAUUACCUUUGUGUUCUGCUGCCCAUCCUAGGUGUUUGUCUCCAUCCCAGAUCCAGAGGACUGGAGUGCUGUGAAUGAAUUGUAACAUGUGUGAAUGAACUCUUGUUUCAAAGCCUCCAAGUGUUUCAGGGUUAGGUUUUGUAUUCUUUGUAAAUAAACCAAAUAAAGGCUCUUAGCUCACAAUUUGCUGUU